AGGCACGACUAGCUGAUCUUGCCGAUCGAUGUUGUUUUCUGUGCGUGUGCAUUUCAAGUUAUCAGAUAACUAGCUACUUAAUCAUAACCAUUUUAGGAGGAACACCUGUUCUAGUCGUGCUUUACUGGCCGAGGAUCUCUUUGAUCGUGUGUGAGUCUGCUAGUCUGGCUUGAAGAUGACUGAUGUAGUUGCUAAGUGGGAUGUCGCCAUGGCCGAUGGCGUGCACCAAGUGCAGUUCGAACAUGGAACGACAUCAGGGAAGCGAGUGAUUAUAGUUGAUGGCAAGGAGAUAUUGCGAAAAAACUGGAUGUUUAGAUUGGUUGGGCAAGAGACGUUUAAUGUCGGCAGUCAAAAGGCCACGGUUCAUAUAGAGGCCGUUAGUGGUUUUCAAUACGAGUACACGCUAGAAGUCGGGGGAAAACCUUUGAAAAAAUUUGUAGAGAACAGAAAAAAGACGGCUAAGGUGUGGACCUUACUACUAGAUGGAAUUGAAACUAGAAUCGUUUUAGAAAAAGACACAAUGGAAGUUUGGGUGAAUGGAGAAGUUGUGGAAACGGCUGGAGAGUUUGAUGAUGAUGGCACUGUCACUCACUUCACAUGGGGAAACCAUGCAUGUUACAUACAAGCAGUGAGUUCUGGCAAGAAGAGAGAAGGGAUUGUUCAUAGUCUGAUAAUAGAUGGGAAUGAAAUUACAGAAUCAUUGGAGUGAACACUUCUAGACUUUAUUCAAAGAAUGUGCUUGACCCAGUUAUAAGCCACAAAAUAGCAAUACAUUUCUUACUGAAUUGGAAGAAGUUGGCAAGAAACCCAUGUAAAUAUAAUGGCACCAAGUCACAAAUGCAUCUUAUUUGAUCAAAUUUGAGUGCCCAUAUUCUCACAGCAAUACAUUUGACUGUUGCAAGUUUUGAUCGCCUCCUGUUUUCAGGCCUCUCAUUGGCAUAUCAAACAUUAAAAAAUGUUGCGUUAACAGGAAAACUAUCUUUAGAAAUCUAUAACAGUUGAUUGCUUUCACUCAGCUUAUGCAAGACUUUUGGUUGGCUUUUUAAAAACUGACAUUUGCUGGACAACUCUCUGCACGCCUGUUUUCGUUUGCUUCACUAACUCAGGGGAAUGCAUAUUAGAUCGCAAACUCUACUCAGAUUGCGCCCCCCCCCCCCUAUUUCUAGACAAGAAAAAUUCAUGGAGAAACAAUGAUUCCGCCCCCUCUUUCUUGAAACCCUAUUCCCCCCUUAUUGGCACUCCUGGAUCUGCCCCUGUAUAUGAGUGAAAAUAAACUAGGCGACAUGUAGCGUGUGACAUGUCUCCUAUGUUUCCUAGUUUAGACACCGCCACAAACAUGUAGUGCACAACAAAUUUUGGAGAGCACGUCACGAAAAUGUUUCUCAACUAUAUGAGUUACAUUUCUUUGUCGCUUCUACAAUGUCUCUUUGGGUGGCUAAACUAGGAGACAUGUCGCACGCUACAUGUCGCGCUUGACAUGUCAGGCCUUUAGGGCAAGUCUAAGAUAAUGCUCGAAACAUGUACGGAUGUCACAUGUUUAAUGUGUUCAGCUUUGCUUAGAGGGAGGGAAUCAUCAAUCAGCUAAAAAUUAAUAACUGUAGAAUUCUAGCAGGGUAUUUAACACUUGAUUACCACUCUUCUACUCUGGCGACUGGAUAGGGUGUUUACAAUGGGUAUAAUUUAUCACACACUCAUCAAUAUGUUCUUUUGUAGUCUAUGAUAAAAAUUUUACUUACAUCCAAAUGGAGCUACCAGUUGUCCAUUAUUUUACAAUAAUUCACUUUGGCGUUUUGAUACAAGGUUAUUAAGGAAGAACAGAAAUCAUGAUCAUGUUUUUGUUUUGAUUUUAAAAGUUAUCAAUACAAAUAAAUACAGAAGUUUA